AUAGUGCGAUUAUGUGAUACUGCUUUUAAAAAGGGUUUUACACUGAGAUUCGGUUACUUACUCAUGUUAAGGAUGAACAUCAACAGAGGAAUGGGAUUCAGCAGAAGUAAGCCAUGCAUCAUGCUCCGCCUUACUAGGGUAAGCUACGACUUUCUUAGCGUUAAUGUUAAGGGAUCGGCCUCCUUGCAAAUGAUCCCAGAAGAGGGUAUGUCGACCUGCGCGUUCCCAUUUUGGAACCAAAUCGGAUACGAACAACCAUACGUUAUGUUGAGAAUCUCCAACCUUACGGCCGGAAUGGUAAAUAUCUUAAAUUUUACGCUCAAACUGUUUUCAGAGUCAGUCGCACUUCUUUCUGUUGCAUCUGAGCAAUUAUUUUAA